AUUUGACAUUUCCAGGUUUACAUUAUAAUAAUGGCGCCCAAAAUGCGAGCUAGAAUCCUCCUUGGCAUAGGGUUCUUCUCUUUGGUCUACUGGGCUCUCCCUCGGGGUGCCCACAGUGAUGGCUUCCACCAAAUUACGAGUGUACCACUCCCGCCGUUGGGUUUCUUAACCGACACCACCGAUCGAAGCAAGAAACAUGCUGAAUACUACACCUCUAAAGCAAUACAGGAGUUUUGUGCUGCACAUGGAUACUCCGUUUUUACGCCUCGCAGGGAGCGCAGAGUAUACGACCUUGUAAUGGUGAAUUCCGAGUUGGACUUCCUCGAGAUUCGACUCAACACACUCUACGACUAUGUCGACUAUUUCAUUAUCGUGGAAGCGCCCAAAACAUUCCAGAAUGCGACGAAGCCUCUUAUCAUCAAAGAGAACUGGGAAAAUUUUGGCCGCUACCAUGACAAGAUGAUAUAUCACGAGUUGACGUACCCAGCGACAUUUAAUCCAUCUCGUGCAUGGGACUAUGAAGACUUGCAACGGGAUGCCACAUACGACCAGGUCAUGACUCGACUAGAAGGGGCCAGGGCUCCUCUUCCAAUGGACGUUAUUAUUGUGGCCGACGUUGAUGAGAUCCCCCGCCCACAAUCUCUGCUUGUACUCCGUUCCUGCAACUACCCCCGCCGCCUGACUCUCGCUUCUAUCUUCUACUAUUAUUCAUUCCAAUUUCUCCACACCGGACCCGAAUGGCCGCACCCGCAAGCAACCUACUACGAAGGUUCGAACACUCUCAAACCUACCAACCUACGAAACGGCGAUGGUGGGUUUCCCUUGUUCCGUGAUCGUGAAAAGGGGAUGUUGAACAACGCCGGGUGGCAUUGCAGCAGCUGCUUUGCAACAAUUGAACAAUUUCUAAAUAAAAUGGCGAGCUUCUCUCAUGGAUGGAUGAAUGCGGAGGAAUACCGGGGUAGUGACAAGAUUGCAGAUGCAGUGAGGGAAGGAAGGGAUCUCUGGGGGAGAGCCCAUGACACAUUUACUAGGAUUGAAGGCAACAUCGAUAUGCCUCCGCUAGUGAUGAAAGAGAAAGAGCGUUUUCAAUAUAUGACAAAUCGUGAUGGAUUAUCGGCAGGUUUUAUAGAUUACCCGUAACUAGAAAUUAUGUAUAUCAAAGUGUAAACAGCGUCUAUGCUAUACAAAGGAGGAAUCUCUGGCUGAGGGUACUGUACACCGGGUGGGAUUGAGUGAGUCUUCCGGCCGGCCGGUCUUGUACUAUACACCCACCUAUUCCAGCUCAGUGGAGCUAUCGUCUGAACUUUGCGCUAAAAAGUUAAAUGAACAUUGAUCAUUUUGGGACGAUGGUAGCGGCUGUUCAUCCAAUAAAAAUACGCGACUCGCGCUGUUUGAGUCAGGUCAAGCCGCACGUGUGUAGAACCUCGGGAAAUAAAUUGUCGA